GAGGAUUACAAAUAUCUCAAGAACACCCUUCUUGGAUCAACAAUCAACCAUAAUAGCUCUCACCAACAUGGUGGAUAACAAGAACAAGAGCAAGACAAAGAGAGGUUGAGAGAUACCCAAAAAACAGAUUCGUACACCUUCUGUCCAGGAGCGAUUCCGACGAACUAGACCUCAGAAUGACGAUCCCUCCGGUCAGAAUGAAGCCCAGAGAAUCGCGAACCCACUGUCCAAAUUUCAGGACGAUCCAACGGUUCAAUCUUCCAGAACGCUCACUUGAACAGGCUGCCCUGCUGCAAAAACGAAAACCUGCAGCUCUUCCUCUC